AAUAACCACUGUAACCAAUAACCAGAUAACCCAAUCGUUGACCAGAGCAGUCAUUGAGAACAGUUCCUAGGAAGGGUGACUGUCUAUCAUCUGUGCGCAGAAAAGAAGGUCUCAGAAAAACACAACUGUUUGUCGUUCUUUCUACAGAGCACACUAACCCUCCUUCCUUCUUCCCGUUUUCUCCACUUUCAUAUUCGUUCCAACCAUGGCUGAGGACGGCAUCAGGAGAACAAAAACCGGCAUCCCCUUACCGGGACCAGAGAGACCCGCUCGUCCGGAAUGGGCUCUGGACGAAAACGACUUUCUCAAGGAAAUGGAUUCAGUCCCCUUGUUCAUGAACAAGUUGCCCGAGGACGCCAGCGAAAACCCUCUUAUUCUGGCGCUCCAGGAUCUCGCCUACGAUGGAACACCUGAAGAGGUGGCCGAAAACUUUAAGAACCAAGGAAACGAUUGUUUUAAGCAAGGAAAGAAGUUCUACAAGGAUGCCCUUGUUUUUUAUACCAAUGGUCUGGAGGUGUUCUGCAAGGACGACAAAUUGAAUGAGACUCUCUACGUCAACCGUGCCGCCUGCAACCUCCAUUUCGGCAAUUACAGGAAGGUCUUGACCGACUGCGCCCACGCCCUUAAGCUAAACCCCAAGAAUGUCAAGGCCCUCUUCCGAUCCGCCAAGGCUCUGUUCACACUAGAAAUGUACCCCGAGGCCAUUGACUGUUGCGACCAUGCCUUGAAUGCCGAGCCCGAUAAUCAGGCAGUCAAGGACGAGCGGGCCAAGAUCCAGGCAGAAUUUGAUCGCAAGGAACAGAUCAGGCGAGAGAAGGAGCUGCGGGAACAAAAGAUUCGGGAAAAAAAGAUGAUAAUCGAGACUGCACUAAAGAAGCGUAAAAUCAAGACGGCAGCGACUCCGGGAUUCAAACCGGAUCAUCCGCACGAGCUUCAGUUGGACCAGGAUUUGGAUCAGUUGACGAUUCCGACGUUCUUUUUGUACCCGGAGCAUAAUGAGUCGGAUCUUAUUCAGGCGUUUAAUGAGCAGGAUGCGAUUGGAGAGCAGUUGGCCGAGAUCUUUUAUGAACCGGCACCGUGGGAUCCGGAGCACAAGUAUAAGCCUGAGACAGUACAGACGUAUUUUGAGACGGAAGAUAGUGGUGGAAACUUGGGGUUGAUGAAGGUCGGCCCAAACGUCAAGUUCAUAACGGUGCUCUCGCAUUCGAAGUAUAUCCUCAGAGACGGUAUUGCACGAUUUAUGGUCGUUCCUAAGGAGGAUAGUCAGUGGAAGAAGGAUUGGCUGGCCAAGUAUGGCAAGACGAUGUCGCAUCGCAAAUCGAUGCUCCGGAACUUGGUCACACAGCUGAUUCAGCACGAUCGUAUCAAGACGACUCUUCCAAAAGCUCAGGAGCUCAAGGCCCUUGCUGACCAGAUGAUCACCCUCGGAAAGCGCGGUGAUUUGCAUGCCAAGGUCCAGGCUGCAUCUUUCCUCAGAGAACACGAGACGACAUUGCCAAAGCUGUUCGGUCCCUUGGCUGAGCGUUUCAAGAGCCGAAAGGGCGGGUACACGCGCAUCCACAAACUCGGUAACCGGUUCGGUGACAAUGCACCCGUGGCCGUUAUCGAACUGAUCGACGGACCCGGCGAUCUCAAGAAUCAGAUGCUGCUCAGGGCCUUGGCACGACAGGAAGAAGGGAAGGCCGGAUCGAUCAAGGAAAUCGUCGAGGCGAAUUUGAAAGAGGUGAAGACGACACCGGGCUUCAAGAGCAAGGCCCUUGCCCGUCAUAUUCCUAAAGUCCUGAGUUCGAACAAGUGGGAGCUCGCGGAUCUGGAGGCCAAAGUCAGAGAAUUGUCGCUCGGCGGCGGUGCAGCGAAGGAGGGCAAGGUCUUUGAUGCAACUUCAACAAAGGCAUAAGGAAAACAUGAAACACAUGAAGCGGACAAAAUUACGGGAUACAGAACAGAAUGGGAUUCAGCAAGGGUGCUGUUUUUAGCCAGGAAGGAAGACCAUGGAUCGGCAGUAGAUCUCUAUGCAUUUUUCUUUUUUCUUUUUUUUUGUGUGUCGACAAAUAGAUAUGGAUUCACUUUUUUUUU